AUGUGGUCUAAAAGACCAUUCCACAAGCCCAAACGGCCUUCGAUCAGCGGCCCCAUAUUGAGCGGCAAUCCACCCACCACAUCAGACCCUGUGCAUGAUAUGGUCGCAACAUUGCCCGCUCUGCCUGACGAAUUGCAUUCACCAUUGCAACCCGAUCCCGUCCCGUGUGGUGAUCUCAAUAACAAACACUCCAAAGUCUCGCCUGCUGUUUCGCCAAUGCUUGAAGCUCAGAGGCGGGCAAGCCAAAGUAGUUUCUGUGUCUCGCCCAUUGGCGACGGAGACCAAUUCUCUGAUUAUGCGCGACAGGAGACAGGGACCUUAUCAUCGCCAUCUCCUAUUCCCAAGAUAGAUGUUGACACACCUUCUCAUUCCCGUGUUCAGCCUGUCCAACCCGUCCAGCCUCCCCAGCAUGACCAGGACUCUAGGCGAUUUAUCUCCGGCAAACCGACACGCUGGGAUAACUUUUCGGGCGAGCCGACCUCGAGUGAUGUUGGUAGAGCUAGCCAGGUUGAUCCCCGUAACACGUCUUUCCUCAAACCCUCCGGGGCCCAUGCGUCCAAUCUACUAAACUGGGGCCAGGGAUUCAAUCCUAAGAAGACCCUCAAUGCAGCUCGACACCGGAUCAGCAGUUUCUCAAAGCCCGAAGAUGUUUCGAAAAAGGAACCCAGAAGUAGAUCGUCGUCACGUGGGUUCCCAGUGGAAGAGCAUUCCAGCAAGCGCAACGGCAACGACGCGCGAAAGGCGAGUCCUCAACUCGAUAACUUUAGCUUCGCUCCUACAACUGUAACCACUAUCACCGCCGGUGGUCCAGUAUCAUUACCCCGGAGACCGGCAACAGAGAACGCUCCAAGCCGCCUGCCCAAGGACGACAAACCAAUACUCAAGUUCGACGACGAUUUCGGCGACAUGAUGCUCAGCCAUGAGCCCAGGAGCCGUUUCAGUGCAACUACACACACAGCCACUGAACCCGGCAGCCAAGACGCAAGCCCGCGAGAGAGCAUGCACCUCGAAACUCGGUCUACAGACGACGUAUCCACAUCCUCUAUCAUGGCCCGACGUCGCCCAGUCCCAACUGGGGUGCCGACAUCGAAAAAGCAGCCCGACUCGACCAAACCCGUGCGAAAGCCCACUCCAUCCCAGGUCGCGCAGGCCGCGCAGACGGCCGUGCAGUCGCCUUCGCCUCCACCUGAGGUGCCACUAGAUGCGAAGGGCCGCAUUGAAGCAAUGGAGGCCAAGAAGGAUGACCUGACUCAGCGCAGAUUUAGUCUGGAGGCGUUGGUUCUCGAAUUGAAUAAGGUCAUUCAGCCUACAUCGGCUGUGUAUGAUCUGGCUGCUAAAGCCGAGGCCCAGAAGAGCAUCAAGAGCAUAGAAGACGAGAUUGCAGAUAUCAAGAAGGAGGAGCACGAUCUUGGUAUGAAGAUUUCUCGAGCGUGGCGCCGCCUGGACGAGAAGGAGAAUUCUGGCGAUGGCAAUAAUCUCUGGGUGAAGCGAGUCACUAGUUAG